AUGAGCAACCCUAGUAGGCAAACCAUGACGGAAGCCGAGUUCCAAGACCGUGAACGUGAGCUUCGAAACCGCGAAUUGGAGCUUGAACGCGAAAAGCGUGAGCUUAAACUUCAACAGAGCAAAGUCGAGCUCGAAAAACAGGAGCUUAGAUUCAAAGACGACAAAGCAGAACUCGAAAAGAAGGAAACUGAACUCAAGGAAAAGAUCGCCAAGCUCGAAGAACUUGAAACCGAGUUCCAGAAACAUGGACCCGAUAUAAUCAGGCUGGCGAUAUCCAAGAAGUUUAGGCGUGGCAUGAUAGGCACGAAGGAACACGAACUCAGACAGAGCGGAGAUAUAAAUGCUCUUCAGCGAUGGCGAUAUGAACGCCACGUGUACGAACAAGACCUCGAUGAGGCAGAGGAUCAGUUAGCAGAGUUCCUCGACGUGGAGACCGGACUCCGAGAGAUUGCUCAACGGGAAAUCUGUUUAGGAGAGCGAUUUAAGCAAGAUCCCGCAAGACUCGAUCAAGAGAUCGAGAUCGCAGACAGGGAAUAUAAGCGACUUGAGCACGAGUGGUGGAUGAUCCGGGAUUCUUUCUCUGAUGGACCGUUAGUGCGAGGGUUUGAGCUCUGGCGGGGGAAUCCUAAGUGGUACAUGCAUCGUGUCCUUCGGGAAGACUGUGCCGGUAGAGGAGGCUGCUGUGGGCGUGAUUGUGGAUGUUGUCUUAAUCGCAAACUUUUCCUGGAUCGCGAGCAUGCAGCUGGGCACUGCACUGUCGAAUGUGGUUGUUGUCAGAAGGCUCGGGGAUUUGAGCUUUCUGAGGAUGAAAAGAAGAAGUUUGCGAUUCGAUAUGCGGUCUCCCAGGAUGGUAAGAAGGGCCUCGACCUGAAGGACCUCCAUCUGAAAAACCUCGAACUGCAAAACCUCAACCUGCAACAUGUGCUUUCUGAAGAAGCAAUGAAGGACACUGUGAUGAAGUACACGUUCUCCGACGGUGAAGUUGCUGAAUAUGAGCAAUAUACAAACGAAGCCGACUUCACCGACUAUGAAUCCGACGAUGAUGAGUGUCCCCGGAAGAGGUGGAGGAUCCGUACUAUCGUCGAAUCUCCCAAGCUUCGAUCUGGGGAUUAG